UUUCCACUGAAACUAUUGCUACUUAUACUGCAAACGACAACAUUGAACGGCAGUGCUCUGGCCUACGCUCGCGACCACCGGACACACCAUAAGUGGACAGAUCAGGAACAGGACCCUAAGAAUCCGAGUCGAGGCAUGUUUUACGCGCACAUCGGGUGGUGGCUAUUGAGGAAGAAAGACAUUGUCAAACAUUAUGGUAACAAACUCUCAUUCGACGACCUCUACGCGGACCCACUCAUCAAAUUUCAACACAAAUUUUACAUACCGUUAGCGUUUGUGUUUGGAUUAGCGGUGCCAACACUUAUACCCUGGUGUUUGUGGCGCGAGAGCCUAUUGACCGCAUUUCUACUGUGCGGGCCAUUGAGGAUAUGUGUAGUAUUGCAUCACUUAUUCACUGUUAAUUCGUUGGCCCAUUACGUCGGUCGGCGGCCAUACGACCGGUCUAUGCGGCCGACAGAGAACCGACUCGUUAUAUACCUAUCACUGGGAGAGGGGAACCAUAACUAUCACCACACCUUUCCCUGCGAUUACGCGUCCAGUGAACGGCCAUUUUGGGAGUCCUAUAAUCCGUCCACACUUUUCAUUCACGCUUUCCGUUGCAUUGGUUUAGCCUAUGAUCUGAAGAGUCCGUCGCCUGAACUCAUCCAACAAGUGAUUGAACGCAAAGGGAUUCCCGAAUACUUUGCAAACCGAAACAAUAAAAGUCUAUUAUAUAGGAUUAUAAGGGGAGGACUGGACUGGACUGUAGGUUUGAUGACCUCUUUGUGGCCAAUUGUGGCCAUAAUUGUGUUCAAAGCACUGACCGCUCAGAAUAUGAUACUCAUUGAUAACCGACGCGAACCAUAUUUAGGUCCAUAUUUGUUGGAUCUCAACAAUUACUGGCCAUCAGGCAAUUUAAUUGUAUUUUAUUAA